AUGCGGCCACUGUUGCUGCUGACUCUGUGGUGCUUGCUGGCGCCACGGCUAGCAGACCCAGUGACACCAGAGUGGCUCCAGAAGGACGAUGAUGGUCUCCCACGGCUGCCUCCCGCGGACGAUUACGGCGUCUACGGCACGAAGGCUGAUUUGGAGAUUACUUACAUUGAGAAGAAGCCCAGCUGCACGAAGAGGGCAGUGCCCGGGAGCCUCGCUGGGAUCGAGCACAAGGGCUUCGUCCACGCAAACCCAGAGGACCCCACGCAGAACGGCCGGCAGAUCGAUGCCAACAAGAUGGGCGAGCUCCUCAACGUUACAGUGAGGGCGGGCCAGAUCCUCGACGGCAUGGACCUGGCGCUCGAGGGCAUGUGCGUUGGCGAGAAGCUGUCUGUCGUCAUGCCUCCUGUCCUGGCCUUCGACAAGCCAGGGAGCAUGGUGCCCGCCCCUGACGGGAAGAAUCCGAUCGUGCCGCGCGGCACGUCGCUGAGGUACGAGAUCUCGCUCGUUACCCUCGAGGACGGCCGCGGCCCGCCUCCUCGGCCGAACGCCGCCGCCGGUGGACCGCGGGGCGGACCGCCCGGCGGGCCGCUGGGCGCCCCCGUGGCGACGGGCUCCCGCGGCCUGGCGGCGGCCCUGGCGGUGCUGCUGGCGGUGGCCGGUGGGCUGGGCUUCGUGUUCCUGCGGGUGAUGGAGCCGCGCAAGAAGAAGGGCGCGGCCGGCAAGGGCAAGAAGAAGAGGUAG